UGCAGACCGUAAUCCCCUACCCAUCCCUAGGAAGAUAUCUUCAAAUACCAAAAUUUCAAUGCCCAAUGUCAAAGCCAGUUAACUUCACAUUUUAUUUUAUUUUCAGGUUCUGCUGAGCAAAAAUGUCUCAAAUGUCACAUAAAAUUCUGAACAUUCUUGUGGUAGGUGAUGGUGCUGUUGGGAAAACUAGCUUGCUGAAUGCCUACUCGGGUGCACCAUUCGGUGGUCUAUAUGAGCCUACCAUAUACGACAAAAAAGCGUUUGAAAUUACAUUGAAUGGCCAGAUACACACCGUACAGUUGCACGACACAGCAGGACAAGAGGAGUUUGAACGUCUACGACGGCACUUUUACAAAAAUGCAGAUUGCUUUCUUCUAUGUUACAGUAUCAAUAAUGUUGUCACAUAUGAAAAUAUCAUUAAUACAUGGAUCCCAGACCUGACAACAGAACAUCACAUCCCGAUCGUUCUGAUAGGAACCAAAUCGGAUCUUCGCGAUAACCCGGAUAAUGCAGUGGUCAGCACUGACGCAGGAGAAAAACUCAGUCUGCUGAUCAAAGCUAAUGCAUUCGUUGAGUGUUCGGCAAAACUGAGCGAAAACAUAGAGCUUGCAGUGCAUGAGGCCGUCCGAGUGUGCAGCCAGGGAGUGCCUGACCCGGAACCGGAACCCGCCCGUUGGUGCGGGUUAUGCUGUUGUAGAAGCACUACAUAUCAUCACCCCGAACAGACUGUUGCCUUUCGGCGGUAGUGUACAACAUUUACUGUCAGGGCUGGGUUGCUAAAAAUCAUGGCUA